AUGGAAAAAUCUAUUACAUUAGCACAAGAAUCCCCUAUUCGUGGUAAUAGUGCUACAGUUGACGCCGUAGCUGCAGCUGUGCAUCUUCGCAUCCCACAAACAACGUAUGAAGAAGAGGAUAAAAAUUUUGAAACCUUCGCAUUGGCAUGGUGUGACGCCAAUGUUAAUAAAUCCAAAGAUAAUUUACGAAUUCAAAUGAAACUUAGAGAAACUGUAAACUUUAUAAGGACAUUUGAUGACAGUGUCUCUUGUGAACUAUGGCUGAAACGGCGUCGUGCCAACUCUGGUGACAAGAUUAUUCUUAUUACAUCUGGCAGACUAGGAAGAGAAUUAGUUCCAAAAGUUCAUGAUUUAUCACAGUUGGUUUCGAUUUAUAUAUUUUGUACAGAUAAGUGCAGCAAUGAAAACUGGUCAAAAACGUUUCAAAAGGUAAGAGGCUGCAGUAGUGGCUGGCAAAAAGACUGAGUAACAGAAGUUGAGUGUCACCUAAGCAGACAAGAAUUUGAAAAAACACUUUUAAACGCUGCAAUCGGGGACGGCGAUUGUGACCCAUUCACGCUCAAAAUAAAACGCCUUUUUUUGCGUUUAAUUUUCACUUUCAGAGCUUAAAAACGGUGAAAAAUUCGAAAAAUGAGCGUUAAAACGCAUUGUUUUUAAAUUUGAGAAAAUUCUGGAAAUAAAGGCACGUGUUAACACUACAAACUAGAGUUUUCGACCUUUUGCACCCUCUUAAAGUGAAAAUUAAACGCAAAAAGCUUGUUAGCGCAGCCCCUUUGAGGCUGAAAUGUGGAACUCACAUAUGCUCUCUAGCCUCAUUCAACUAAUAUAAAAUACGUAAACUGAAAAAUCUCUCUUAGACUAAAGUUGUUUUGCAGGAUAAUCAAUCGCAAGAGUAAGAAUCUCUCUAAUUUCGAACAUAAUAUUCUUUAAACUGUUUAAUGCGGUGCGAAGCACAGCAUUUAUGUAGUCCGUCGCGAGUU